UUGUGUAAUUGGUCAAACGUUCCGUUGUUUCUCGGACUAGAUUCUUAAUCGUCAUAGUCUCCCUUUUCUAUUAGAAUCCGAAAUCUUCUUUGAUUAUCCCCUAUCUGCUUCAUUUCUCUCUGCUAAUCCCACGGUUCCCUUCUUGUUUCUGUUUCUGUUAUCUUUAAUUGCUGCUACAUAUCAUUUUUCUUUACCACGAUUGUUGAUUUAGAUUAGAGGGGGGUAGUUCUUGCGUAUUCCUAACAUCUUGUUGUUGUUGGUGAUUGAUUUGCAAGAAUCUCCGUGAAAUUCUUGGUGCGUGUUUUUAGUUUGCAUUCAAGAAUCGAGGGUUUUCUUGUGGAAUGCUGUUGAGAUUCGGUUCCCACGGAUAAAACUAGGGGUGUUUCGUUGUUUUGGUGUGUGGGUUAUUGGAUUUUGCGGUGGUGUACGUGUUGUUGAUUUGAUUUGGUUAGAUUGUGAGGGGAAAGCGGAGACACGAAGGCGAUGAUGAAUCAAAGAGAGAGCUUGAUCACUGGGAUCAAGUUUGAGAAUAGGCGUAUUGUGGAGGAGUGCCCAGAUAAGAAACUGGAUGGCUUUGGUAGGUUCUGGGGUUUCAAUUGUGAGAAUGGGGAUUCUCAAGGUUACAGAUGGGAGCUAAACGAGAGGGUUUCUGAUGAUGAUGUAGCUGAUUUGUUGCCUCCGGAUCCUUUUGAUAUGGAUAUUGGGACCACAAUAACAGGUUUAAUAGAAGGUAUUGAGAAAGAUGGAGGGUUAAAGACCCUUGGAUUUGAGGCUGAUGAGAUUGAGGUUGGAGAAGUGGACAAUCAAUUAUUUGCAGGAUUCAAUUUUCUAUGGAACACCCCCAUUGCGAAUAAUAAUAAUCAAAAGAUGGGUGGUGAGAAGGUGAAUGAGAAUUCUGCUGCUUGUGCAAUGGAUUUCGGGAAUGGACUAUUCAAUAGCCAUCUUCUUUUUGAUGGUAAAAGGGAGGAGUUCAUGGGUUUCCAUUAUGAAAAGUAUUGUUUUUAUAACGAUGCAACAAACAGCGCGCAUCAAGGGAUCACAGAAGGUGAUUUCGGGGGAGCUGUUGCUCCACCAGAUGCUCUGUUUUUGGCUCUUUGUAAACUAGGAGUCAAGGACCUGCUUUCUGUUCAAAGGGUUUGCAAAUCUUUGUGUGACGCCGUGCAGAAUGACCCACUUCUAUGGAGAAGUAUCCACAUAGAUCACUCAUUGAGUGAUAAGAUAACUGAUGAUGCUCUUUUGCAGUUGACAAACAGGGCUCAAGGCAAUCUCAAGUCCUUGAGUCUUGUGGAGUGCUCGAAGAUCUCUGAGAAUAGUUUAAAGCUUGUACUUGAAAGGAAUCAAAGGCUAGCAGAGCUUAGUGUUGCUGGAUGUACAAAGCUCAGGUUUGACAGUCUUCUGUCUAUCUUAAAGGUCAUUAAAUGUGUGGGUAAUCUAGGAAUCAAGUGUCUCAGAAUUGGUGGAGUGUUUGGUAUAACAAAUGAAGGAUUUGAAGAGUUGAAGAUACUUUUAGGUGUUACUAACAGCCAGCUACCAACUGUUGUCUGUAAACUGCAUUUUUACCGAGGUGACCAGUUGUAUCUCCCGCUCGAUGAUGGUCGGGCCAUUGACAUUGAAACAUGCCCGAGGUGCCAGGAGCUGAGACUAGUCUAUGAUUGCCCUUCCGAAAGUUGCCAGAAAAUGCAACAUGGGAACCAGUCGUGCAGGGCUUGUAUUUUGUGCGUUCCUCGCUGUAUAAGCUGUGGAUGCUGCUUAAGUAAUUGUGAGUAUGAAGAGACAUUCUGUUUGGAGAAUCUUUGUUUCAGUUGUAUCAAGGAAUUCCUGCCAAAACAUGCAUUUUUCCACCAGCAGGCUAGUUACCAUUUUUUCGUAUGUGGCUAGAAAACUUUGCAUUAUUGAGGAUUAUUGCCUUUUUUGGUCGUGGAACGUAAAGUGGGGAUGCAUAUCUGGUUA